UUUAAAUCUUGGCUGCGGCCUGCGGAUCCUCCCGGUGGUUGCGGCCCACAUCAUUCAGCUUUCUUGUUGAGAAAUCUAUAGUGCAGCUGCACGAAGGCACUUCCAAUGGUUAAACUAGCUACCUGAAACGAUGACGACGCCGGACGAUCCUCCGUACCGAGUUGCGAGACAAAUCCGCGGGACAAGCUUGCUUGCGACUUGAGCUUGAAGGUAUAUAAGGAGGGUUGUACCCAGACAUCCUCUAGUCCAACAACCAAUCUCGUCCUCAUUUAUCCUCUUCUCAGUGGCAGUACGUGGGCUCAAAUCUUUCCUUAUGCACUUUAUCUCCACCCUGGCCGGUCUGGCAGCCGUUGCGCCACUGGCAGUGUUCGCUGGUCCCCUGGCACGAUCUUCCACCUCGCAAUUGCCAGUCAUCAAUACUACCCUGGGUGAUGUCCAGGGUCAAUACUCACCUUUUCGUGGCGGUGAUGUGGCUGUUGUCUAUAAAGGAAUUCCUUUUGCUGCUGCUCCCACAGGAGACAACCGCUGGAAGGCUCCUCGACCUGCCACCUCGUGGAGUGGUGUUCUCAAUGCGACUGAGUUUGGCCCUCAGUGUGCCCAGACUAUCAGCAGUGCGGGUAUCUUCAGCAGUGGCAAGACUACUACGAGCGAGGACUGUCUAUACCUGAAUAUCUGGACACCCAACUACAACGACACCUCGGACAUCACAUCUAAGAAUCUACCUGUGUACUUCUGGAUCUACGGCGGUCGGUUCGAAGGAGGCUCGGGAGAUGUGCUGACCUACGAUGGCACCGGUCUCGCGGCCAAAGACAUCAUUGUUGUGACCAUCAACUACCGUCUGGGCGCGUUUGGUUACCUUGCUCAUCCUGAGCUUUCCGCCGAGUCGGGCCACAACAGCUCCGGCAAUUACGGCAUUCUUGAUCAGCAGGCUGCGCUGCGUUGGGUCCACGAGAACAUCGCCAACUUUGGUGGAAAUUCCAGUCAAAUUACUGUGGGCGGGCAGUCUGCCGGCUCUGCCAGUGCCCUCGACUCCAUGUGGAGUCCUUUGAACAAGGGCCUUGUGGCGGGUGUCAUCGCCGAGAGUGGUGCGCGUGGCCCUCAUGACCCCAUGACGGGUAGUGCAGCAACCAGCUACCGCACCAAAGCUGCUGCUGAAGCCCAGGGUGUCGAGUUUCUCAAGGAGUUGAAUGUUACCAGUCUUGCUGCGGCCCGCAAGGUCCCCACGGAGACAUUGAUCGGAUACGACUCGCUCAGCGACACCAUCUUCGAAGGCACUCAGUUCCAGAACCUGUCCAGCUUCUUCAUGGAGCCUCCCAUGUGGCGCCCAAACAUCGAUGGCUACGUCCUUCCUUACGGCUACGGCGAGUCUCUGUCUCUUGACGCGCACCUGGACGUGCCCAUUCUCACUGGAAACAACAAGGACGAGUCAGGCGCCAGCACUGACGCAGGCCUGACCGUCGCCAGCUACAAGGAACUGUACACCGAGCUGUUCGCCAACAAUGCCAGCCAAUUCUUCAAGCUCUACCCCGGCCAGAGCCUCGCCCAGGCGAACAACAACUCCAACGAGUUCUACCGCGACCUGAGCCGCGUCGGCACCUGGGAGUGGUCUGUUGACUGGGCCGCCGGCGGUGCCAAAAGCCCCGUCUACACCUACUACUUCACCCGCAGCCCUGCCGAGAACCGCGACGAGGGUGCCUAUCACGGCUCGGAGCUCUGGUACACCUUUAACAACAUCCCCUACUCGGACUAUUCCAACGUGACCUGGUACCCCUACGACUACAUUGUGGAGGAGCGCAUGUCCAACUACUGGGUGAACUUCAUUCGGACCGGCAACCCCAACGGAGAUGGACUGCCCGAGUUCCCCCCCAGCACUAAGGAGAAGCAGCAGACCAUGUGGCUGGGCAACUCCUGGGGCUCGGGCCCUCUUUCUGCUGAAGAUGCGCGGAUUGAGUUUGUGGAGAGCUGGAUGGCGACGAUGCCUGAGUGGUAGUUUGGGACGGUUCGUAAUUGUUUUGGUGGAUUGUAUCGGUUGUGUAGUGGCACUAUGACACUGUGCGAUGCUUGAGUUCGGACAUUGUCCGUAUCUCACUGAUUUGAGUCCUCGCCGGAUGGGAACGGGACUUUGGCUUCUUCACAUUCUUUCACAUGUAUAUUACUAUAUAGCAGCUACUUUACUUGGAAACUGUGUGUGGUUUCGUCUCAUAUUUAGAUUGACCG